CAACACGGCGUACCUUCUGGCCCUUGUAACUCGAGUACCAAGAUGGCGGCCCCCAGAAGCUUGGCUCUAUGGAACUGUUGCGGUCGUAGGUGGUCGCGGGCGAUGCGGGGCUGUCAGCUCCUCGGGCUUCGUAGCUCUUGGCCCGGGGCCCCACUAAGUGCGCGGCUCUUGUCCCAAGAGAAGCGGGCAACGGAAACGCACUUCGGGUUUGAGACUGUGUCGGAAGAGGAGAAGGGGGGCAAAGUCUAUCAGGUGUUUGAAAGUGUGGCUAAGAAGUAUGAUGUGAUGAAUGAUAUGAUGAGUCUUGGUAUCCAUCGUCUUUGGAAGGAUUUGCUGAUCUGGAAGAUGCAUCCGCUUCCUGGGACCCAGCUGCUUGAUGUUGCUGGAGGCACAGGUGACAUUGCAUUCCGGUUCCUAAAUUAUGUUCAGUCCCAGCAUCAGAGAAAACAGAAGAGGCAGUUAAGGGCCCAACAGAGUUUAUCCUGGGAAGAAAUUGCCAAAGAGUACCAGAAUGAAGAAGAUUCCUUGGGCGGGUCUCAUGUCAUGGUGUGUGACAUCAACAAGGAGAUGCUAAAGGUUGGAAAGCAGAAAGCCUUGGCUCAAGGAUACAGAGCUGGACUUGCAUGGGUAUUAGGAGAUGCUGAAGAACUGCCCUUUGAUGAUGACAAGUUUGAUAUUUACACCAUUGCCUUUGGGAUUCGGAAUGUCACACACAUUGAUCAGGCACUCCAGGAAGCCCAUCGGGUGCUGAAGCCAGGAGGACGGUUUCUGUGUCUGGAAUUUAGCCAAGUGAACAAUCCCCUCAUAUCCAGGCUUUAUGAUCUAUAUAGCUUCCAGGUCAUCCCUGUCCUGGGAGAGGUCAUUGCUGGAGACUGGAAGUCCUAUCAAUACCUUGUAGAGAGUAUCCGAAGGUUCCCGUCUCAGGAAGAGUUCAAGGAGAUGAUAGAAGAUGCAGGCUUUCACAAGGUCACUUAUGAAAGUCUAACAUCAGAUUAGGAUUAAGAUUUAAAUGUUUCUCUGCCAUGCAUUGCAUUUCUCAACAUGCAUAACAGUUGCAGGAUGGGUGAGAAUGUGACUAAGAAUACUGAAGUACCCCACAGAAACUUCUGUAAGGACGGACUCAUCCCAACCAACCUGGAGAUCUCAUCAAGUGACCAUCUUCAACACUAUGUUAUUUGAAAAAAUUGUAAUUCACACACAUACACAUCUGCAAUAUUUAUUUUUUAAAGGAAUGGAUUUUGAGAGAAAACAACGUGGCGCAGAAAUGUGGAAUAGAAAAUAAAUACAAAUGUAGGCUAUUUUGCUAAUUGUUUUAUAACCACAACAAACUAGUACAGAGAAUGCCCUGUACAAAAAAACAAAGGUUCAAACAUCAAGGUGUUCCCUUAGCAAGGCUGAAAAUUUCAGUCUCUGGUAUUUGGAAUUUAGGCUGCAGUCCUUGUUUUUGGAUGGAUCAACUGGGUGUGUGGCACAACAGUCCAUGCUUUUUUUUUUUUUUUAAAUGAGAUGGAGUCUCACUCUGUUGCCCAGGUUGGAGUACAAUGGCUUGAUCUCAGCUCAAUGCAACCUCCACCUCCCAGGUU